AUGGUCAACGCAGUUGCUGCCUUCGGCCUCAUGCAGCUGCUGCACCAACUCAAAAAGAAUACCGCAGCAGCGCCCCAAGAGCUGCUGCAGCGGCUGCACGACCCGAACACUUUGGGGCGGCUGCUGACCACGCUGGUGUGCAUACACCACGAGAGCAUCCGCGGGGCGCAGGGCGCCCACGAGGGCAGCAGCAGCAGCAGAGCAGCAGCAGCAGCAGACAGCAGCUUCCCAAUUGUUGCUGCUGUUGUCAAACUAGAUAAAACUUGGCCCGAACAAAGGGCCCCCCGUGUCUCUCGGCUGCUGGCGCUGCACAAUUUGCUGUUUGUCAAGACCCUGCUGGGCUUCCUCUACCGCACCAGGCACCUGCUGCAGCAGCAGCAGCAGCAGCAGCAGCAGGGAGGGGAGGGCAUGGAGGUGGACGAACCCGCAGCAGCAGCAGCAGCAAGCUUCGAGGAGCUGCUGCAGCAGGGACUGGCUCCAGUUCUUAAGGGCCUCUUCGAGGCCCCAAACAGCGAACUAGACAAACACAUAACUGCUGUUGAAGUUGCUGCUGCUGCAGCUGCUGCUGCAGCAAAAUGGGAGGACCCGAAGGCCAGGGAGACCCUCUGGAAUAUUCUGUGUCCUCUUAUGGCAAGUUUUGAAUGCUCCAAACCCUAA